AUGGGUAUACGCGACAUACUCAAGAAAAAAGACAACCUCGACAAUGGCGAGCCGAGCAGCCAGGACGCCAUGGACAGGCUAGCAGCCCCCGAGUUCAAGUUCAUCCGGUCAGACACACACUCGCAAGAGGUCAUCCACCCGCCAACCGUCUCUGUGGAAAACGACCAGUACCUGAAUCCCAAAGACGGCGGCGGCGGCCAGAAGCCGCGACGCAGCCUCGACGUCUUCUUCGGCAACCGCUCCCGCAGCCCUUCCGUGUCCUCCCAGGCGAGCUCGAACGGCAACCCGAAAGGGUCAAGGCGGCUGUCGGAACGGCUGCACCUCAGCCGCUCGCCCGCCUCCUCCGACAACGUCCCGCAGAACCUGCCCGACAUCGUAACCACGGCCGAGGGCGACGAGGCGGCCUGGGAGAAGCGCGCGACGAUCCUGGCGUCGUCGAACAAGAGCAGACCGGCGACGCCGUCGCAUGAUAACGGGCAGGGGGUCGGCGGGGCGAAGGACAGCUCGAAUGGCGCUGCCGUGUCGUCGCCGGCCAUUGAUGAGGAUAUCCAGGAGGCCAUCAGGCUGCAUGAGGCAGGGGAUUACGAGAACUCGACGGCCAUGUUCGCCCGCUUGGCUGAUCCGAAAGGAGCGAACAACACCCUCAGUCAGUUCCUGUACGGGCUUGCUUUGAGGCACGGCUGGGGAUGCGAGCCUAAUCCAGAGGGGGCGAUCAAGUAUCUGUCGGCGGCAGCAUCGAACGCGGCAGCCGUUGAGCAAAUGGCGUUGAAGGCUGGGCUCAAGAAGGGUGGCGCUGCCAAGGGAGAGCUCGUUCUGGCCAUCUUCGAAUUGGCGAAUUCGUUCAGACACGGUUGGGGCACGAAAACGGACCCAAUCGCGGCCAAGCAGGUUGGUUUCCCCGUCCGAAUAGGGGCUCGAGGCGGGAGGAAGAAAACCUGCAGAGUCGCCAUCAUGACCGAAGAGGCGAGGGCUGACAUCCAAUUGCAGUACUACGAAACCGCAGCGAACCUUGGAGAUACUGGUGAAUAUGCCCUCAUGACGCGCCGCUGGGCGUCAAACGCCAUGAACGAAGUCGCCUGGUGCUAUUUGGAGGGCUUCGGCUGCAAAAAGGACAAGUUCGCAGCAGCCCGUUACUACCGGUUGGCCGAGAAGAACGGCAACAAAACACUAGGCAAUUCAUGGUAA